AUGCACUUCCACAUUGAAUGGCUUAAAUCACGAGUCAACGGAGCGAGGGUAUAUAGGGAACCCAGCUACCAUAUAGGAACCCUCAUUUCGGUUCCGGCGAAGCUGAAGAGUGUAGCUAUGCUGAGAUCCUGCCUGUGGACAACUCUACCGUGGAUUGUCCUGGGGCAAACCUACUAUAUGAGCUUUAUUUUCAACAACUACGGCUCCUCUAGAAUAAGUGCGCCUCAACUGGGUUUCAAUGGAUCAGCAAAGGAGCCCAUUGAGGGGGCCAAUCUGAAGACCAGCUCGGAAGAACAUUCAGGCGAGGGAGAAACGCUGGAGGUCAGCUCGUUGGAGCAUUCGAGGGAGUCCAAACGUAACUCAAAGAAGUACAAGGGAAUGGAAACACUUGAGUUGAGUUCAGAGGAUCAAUCGCGGAAGAAGAGCGAAACCAAGAAACCAAAGAAACCAAACGUAGGAGACAAGGGCUCAGGUGAUUCGGGUGAGACGAUGAUCUGGUCCACUACGCCAAAGACAAAAUCUACCACAACGAGGAAAACAAAGGCCACAACAAGUGAAACUCCCGAAAUGCCCACCGAAAUCACCACGGAAUCCACAAAAGCCACGGCAGUCGACGAAGAAAAGUCAACUGGCGAAACGAACACGGAAAACCCCAAGGAAACUUUAACAGUUCAACCGGAAAUCGGAAAAGAAGAACCGGUUUCGGACAUACCAAGUAAUACCUUCAGAAGCUGGGAGCCCGUAACACCCCACUCCCCCGAAUUCUUCGAUUACCCAGAGGCCACGUGCAGUGAGGACAUGGAUCUGCACGAGGUAUUUGGCAUUAGGCUCGAACGGGAUCGCGGUUUGCCCACCAAGAUCCUGUGCAGCUUCAGAAACAGCUGGGGAGGUCCUUGGCUGCUGAUGACGCGGAUAGAGCUCCCAGUUCGUAUUCACAUGCGUCACUGGUUCUUGGGCUAUCUAACGCCGGACUACAAGGAUAUGAACAUCAAUUUUUUGGCCCUGGCCCACAUCAUGAACUCCAUGCGCACAGCCAUGCUGAUCAUUGGCCAGGAUAAGAACGACAAGUUGGUUUAUAAUCUGUACGACGAUGUGGUCAUUUCGGCAUUCAAUGAUCUGUUCAUGUUGCGAAAAGCCGAACUGGUGGAGGCCAAUACGACGGAGCUGCUCUUUGUGUCCGUGGGCAAGGUAUUGAGUUCGUAUGCGGGCCGGAAUCGCUCGUGUCCUUUGCAGGUCCUUGGCAGCUGGUGGGGCUACCAUUCGGUGCAGGAUAUGUACCAGGGCUUCCAAUGUGUCUUCCCCAAGGGGCGCAGCAUAUCCAAGCCCGGCUAUGUGGCUAUCUUCAUUAAACCCAGCCUAUUCCCGGCGAAUCACACGGCUCUGUACAACCAGCCCAUAUCGACACGACGUCCCUGGUCCAACAACUAUAAUACUAAGAUAUUGAACGGAACAGCGAACAAUUCGAAGUCAUAUAAAAAGGAACAAAAAGUGGAAUGGGAACGCAACAAGAUGGCUGUGCAAAAGGAGCUGGACCGUCGAGCCAGGAUCUUCGAAGCUAUUGAGCGGCUGAGAGUGGAGGAGGCCCAGCGGCACAGGGGGAGGUAGCAUAGGCAGGGGGUCUG